UUGACAUUAUUUGACAAUAUUUGGCGCAUAGCUGUUGUUCUUGUUUUGAAAAUUAAUCUAAUUGUAAUUUGUUGAAAAAGUUCUUUAAAAACAUGCUCUAAAAUGUAUACUUUACUUCAUGGUUUUUACAAAUAUUUGAUUCAGAAAGAUGAAUAUUGUGUAUUAAUUCUAGGACUUGACAAUGCAGGCAAAACGACUUAUUUGGAGGCGGCGAAAACAAAAUUUACAAAGAAAUAUAAGGCGAUGAACCCUAAUAGAAUAACUACGACCGUUGGACUUAAUAUAGGCAAAAUAGAUGUUGACGGAGUCUUACUAAAUUUCUGGGAUCUAGGUGGACAACAAGAGCUGCAAUCACUGUGGGACAAAUAUUAUGCAGAGUGUCAUGCAGUUAUUUACAUUGUUGAUUCAUCAGACAGAGAUAGAGUUUCAGAGUCUAAAGAAACAUUUGACAGGAUGAUAGCAUCUGAACACCUCUCUGGAGUCCCACUGCUGGUGCUGGCCAAUAAACAGGACAUUCCGGACUGCAUGGGUGUACACACAGUCAAGCCAAUCUUCAACCAGAAUGCUCACCUUAUCGGUGCAAGAGAUAUCAUGUUAAUGGCUACAUCUGCUUUAAAUGGAGACGGUGUGGAUGAAGGCAUUCGGUGGUUAGUGGAUUGUAUAAAAAGAAACAGCGUCGAUAGACCGCCGCGAAACCACGAAGACAACUUAUAGCUGACGGUUCCUGCUAGAAGCACGUAUCGUACACUAAUACUAUGAAUAAUAAUGAGUUUUCCUAUUUAGAUAAUGAUGUGACUCGGCCCAUUGUUUGUACAUACAGUAUUGACAUUUAAAAAUAAAACAUUACACGAACUGUG